AUGGGGGAGGGAGAGAUCUGUUGUUUUACUGGACUAGUCGACCCAGCACCUGCUGAGAACUUUCUUUGUCAUCCUGUGGAAGAAGAAGAGAAAGAAUCGUUGAAGAGUGAGUGCAAGGCUUCUAGCCGAGAAGAGUGUGGAACGAAACAGAAUCCUUAUAUAGUGUAGGACGAGACAGAGUCCUUAUGUAGUGUGGAACGAAACAGAGUCCUUAUAUAGUGUAGGACGAGACAGAGCUCUUUUGUAGUGUGGGAUGAGACAGAGUCCUUAUGUAGUGUGGGAGGAGACAGAGUUCUUUUCUUAUGUAGUGUGGGAUGAGACAGUCUUUAUUUAGUGUGGGACGAGACAGAGUCCUUAUGUAGUGUGGUGAGACAGUCCUUAUGUAGUGUGGGGCGAGACAGAUGUGGGGCGAGACAGAGUCCUUAUAUAGUGUGGGAUGAGACAGAGUCCUUAUGUAGUGUGGGAUGAGACAGAGUUCUUAUGUAGUGUGGGACGAGACAGAUCAUACGUAUUAAUUGUAGUCCUAAGUAUAGUUUAUCAUUCCACACUUUCGCUAUUGCAUAG